UUCAUUUUGGCUAUGGGCUUCUUUGUUUACCUCAAACCAGUGGUUUCGUGUUUGCCCGAGCUGCCGCUGGCAGCAGCACUGUGCACUUGUGUGAAGGCUCGAGUUCGAGCAGAAGACCCACUUGUUAAGUGUCUGUCAGACAAAAAUAUGGAAGCAUCGGAAAACAGAUCAGAUCAGGAUGAUGGGGAGAAUGGACAGGCUGUCCCGGCAGUUCCAAGUCCAGCGUCCUCCAUCUCCGGUUCAGGUGCUCUAUCUGAUGACUCAUCUGAAAGAACUAUACCGUACCCGUUCUUAGAUUUUGCUGAAGACUCAUUUAUUCAGGCUGCACUGAAUUUGACAACUGUUGAAGAACUUUCAGAAGCUGUGAAAAAAUGUGAAAAGAAGGUGCUAGACACCAGAGAAUAUUCAGAGGAACGAAAAUGGCUUGUACGUUACUUGAUUGAACUGCGACUAAGGCUGCAAGAAGCACAUGAAGCUGUUGCAGAGCAUAGACAACUGCAACCUAUUGGAACCCCUGACCAUUCUCCAACAAUGUCUUUGGAGAAUUGCAAUGAAGGUACUGGACGAAGAGCGAGAGACAAAAGGAUCAUCCUAGGACAUCACUUCACUCUGCAGGCUCCAGCUCGCAGUAUCUAUAAGUGUGACAGAUGUUGCGCAAAUAUCUGGGGUGUGUUGCACCUUUGGUAUGAAUGUAAUGAUUGUCAAUACAAAUGUCAUAUGAAAUGUCUCGGCAAGAUUCGAAGACAAUGUGCCCUUGUAAGGGUAUCUGAAACUCCAUUUUAUUUAAAUGACAUUUGCCCGGAAGUGGGACUGGCUGCUCAAGGUUACUGUUGUCACGAAUGCAAGACCCGCAUUUCUAACACUUUCCCUCAAGGAAUUUACAAUUAUUUUGGUUGGCCAUUCUCAUCAGAAAGAGGCUGGCGCGAACAUCGGUUGUGUGACUAUGAUGGACGUUACUAUUGCACCAAAUGUCAUUGGGAUGCGUUGGCUGUAAUACCAGCAAGAGUUGUCCAUAACUGGGAUUUUACUGAGAGAAGAGUUUGCUGUAACUGUUACAGUUUUUUGCGUCUAAUGGUCAAAAGACCUGUUUUAAACCUAGACCAACUCAACUCUCAACUGUAUCAAUUUGUUGUUGAUCUCGCUUCCUUAAAAAAACUAAGAUCACAGUUCUUACUCAUCAAGCAAUACUUGUCCACAUGCCGUUCAAGUAUGAAAGAAAAAAACAAGAAAAAAAUGAUUUGGUCGUUAAGUGCCCACUUGAUAGAAAAUCCCACAGGACUAUUCAGUUUACAAGAUCUUAUUGAUCUUCACAAAAGUACAAUUUUACCUGUUUUACAAGAGGCUGCUCAGCUGUCCACUUGGCACAUAAGAAAUUGUUCUGUGUGUCAGAAAAAGGGAUACUAUUGUGAACUUUGCCCACCACGCAAGAAAGAAGAUGGGGAUCGUCCUAAACAACAAUUUGAUGAAGACAUUCUUUUUCCCUUUGAUGAUGCAAUAUCUGUGUUUGUUUGUGACAAGUGCUCUGCUGUUUUCCAUCGUGAAUGUUGGAUGAAGAAAGUCAUGAGCUCGUGCCCACGCUGUAACAGAAGAAAGGAGCGGAGUUUGCUUCAGGAACCAGGACAGUGAUAAUUCCUUGGAAUCUGGCUGAAUACCGCACAACUGUUAAUAGGAAGCUUAAGGACUUAAUUUAUCAAAUAAUAAUGUAUAAUUUAUUAAAUUUUGUAUGGAUAUUUAUGAUACGGCUGCUUGAGGCAUAAUGUUGACUGUGCUCAAACAUUUGAACACUGGUUUAUCUUUUGAUUAGUUUUGUUGUCAGUUUAUAUCUAUUUUAAUAAAAUAUGUUACCUAAUUUAA